AUGAAUUGUAAUCCCCAAGGAAAUCCUAACAAGGUCAACUAAUUAAUUUCUGUAGCCUGCAAACUAAAUCCCAAACUAAUCCGUAUUCUUUGUCUUCCAACUCAAACCAGACAAAAGGAAAUGGAUAUUAGUAACGUACAUGAUCAGAUGAAAUCAGCAGGUUAUGGCUCAUUAGAAGCAGCAGCAGCUCCUGAUCAACCAAUUGAAGAAGGACUGGGCUUAAGAACAGGUCCAUGGACAGCUGAGGAGGACUCCAUUCUCAUCGAUUACGUCAACCUUCACGGUGAAGGCCGCUGGAAUUCCUUGGCUCGUCAUGCAGGUCUGAAACGAACUGGCAAAAGCUGCAGAUUAAGGUGGUUAAACUACUUGCGACCAAGCGUUCGACGUGGAAACAUAACUCUCCAGGAACAGCUUAUAAUUCUUCAACUUCAUUCAAGCUGGGGCAACAGGUGGUCCAAGAUAGCCGAAUACUUGCCCGGUAGAACAGACAAUGAGAUAAAGAACUUUUGGAGAACAAGAGUGCAAAAGCAAGCAAAACAGCUCAAGUGUGAUGUUAACAGCAAACAAUUUCAAGACGCCAUGCGUUACGUAUGGAUUCCCCGUCUAAUUGAACGGAUCGGGGCCUUGCCUGAAUCUCUAGCAGAUCAACCCAGGACUUGUACCACUACGACAUCCGAGUUUGAGUGUCAAUACUGGGUUGACACUAAUUUCGUGCCCAAAACCUCUGGCAAUACUUCAUCAGACUCAUAUGAUCUGGUUCAAGCUUGUUCAAUUCCCACCGACCGUACUAGCAGUGGUGAUGAAUUCAUGACUUAUCCAUGCAGCGGUCAAUAUGGUUCAGAAAACGGGUCGGGUUAUAGUCAAAAUGGUAUAAAUUCAGAUAUUCAUGGCUUUAAGCAAAGCGAUUAUUGUUCAACCGGUGGGGACACUUCAGUGGAGAAUUUGUGGAAUGAAGAGAAUAUAUGGUUCUUGCAACAGCAGCUUAGUGAUGACUAAUAUUGAAUUGAUGGAAGGACCGAGCAGCCACGAGGACUAGUUUGCUUACGUAACGCAUGGGUGAUGCCAUGACAUUAUAAAGCAGUAAAAUAGACUCUUCCAAAUUGGACAAACUUUUGUUGCACGGACACAAAAAGAUACGUAUUCUUAAAGCA